GUCCUGGCUAGGUAUGGACUCUCCGCCUUGCCCACAGGACAUGAUGGGUAGCAGUCCUGAGUGUUUGCUUUCUGCUUGGCAUAGAUAAGACCAGGACAACUGCGUACCAUCCACAGAGUGACGGUCUGGUUGAAAGAUUCAACCAGACGCUUGAGCGUGGCCUGGCGCACUAUGUCUGCCGGAAUCAUCGAGAUUGGGACAUCAAGUUGCCAGCCUUCUUGAUGGGAUACCGCUCGACGCCGCAGACUAGUACCGGCUACAGUCCAAGCUAUCUGCUCUUUGGUCGGGAGCUAUGCCUACCUCAAGACUUGGCAUUUGGAUUACCGCCAGGAGCAGCAUCCGCAGUAGCGUCCCAGCCGGAAUUCGCGAGUGCUCUCCGCCGACGCCUGGAGGACGCUCAUGCGCAGGUUCGGGAGCACUUGGGCAACGUGCACCGCUAUCAAGCGCAUAUCCGUGAUCGCAACGCUAAGGCCAUGACGUUUGCAGCUGGUGAUGCAGUGUGGCUUCUGGUGCCGGCCAUUCCGACGGGUACAACCGCCAAGUUUUCUAGACUGUGGCACGGACCGUACCUAGUCGAGGAGAAGCUCUCCGCCGUCACCUACCGCAUCAAGCUGUCUGAGCCCACGGCACGUCGCCUGAUAGUGCACGUCAACCGGCUGAAAAGUUGUCAUCAUCGAUCGAGUCGGCUGCAGGAGGUCCACGAGCAAGAUGAGUCGGACCCACCGCAGCCCAUGGCAUCCACCCUGACUCCGUCCUACCAGCCUGAUGCCACUGAUGCCGCCGCCCGAGACGAGGAGGACACCGCUCGGGUAUUCGACAGUGCUCCGCCAGUUGGCGUGAUGGAAAGGCGAACCCCGCGUUCCCGCCAUCCACCUCAGCUGUUUGGGAGUCCUGUCUGGCAUGAGUAAGGAUUUCAGUGGUAUUGGCUGGAUUGGUUGUGGCUAAUAUUACAGCUAGUCUUUGAACAGUUUUCGAUCGGAACUCCAAUUUUGACCAGCACUCGUUUAGUUAAUUGUUAGCCA